AUGGUUGGUUCACAAGACUACAUCAUUGUCUUCCUUAUCUGGCUGAUAACCAUCAUCUUGCUCCAAGCCAUCCUCAAGAAAAAACGAGGCAAAACUCAUCUUCCACCAAGCCCACCUGCCCUUCCAGUUAUCGGACACAUGCACCUUCUUGGCCCUAUACCUCACCAAGCUCUUAACAAGCUCUCAAACCGCUAUGGACCUUUGAUUUACUUCUACAUCGGAUCAAAACCUAGCGUGCUUGUUUCCUCCCAAGAACUGGCAAAAGAAGUAUUAAAAAAUCAUGAAACUACUUUCUUAAACCGGCCAAAAAUGGCCAAUCUUGAUUACCUUACAUAUGGUACUGCUGAUAUGGCCAUGGCACCUUAUGGACCCCUUUGGAAGUACAUGAAGAAACUUUGCAUGUCUGAACUUCUGGGGACUCGAACAUUAGACCAGCUCCUUCCAGUUAGGCGUGAGGAGAUGAAGCGGUUUGUAAAAAUAGUACAAGAGAAAGCUGAGGCAGGAGAGGCGGUUGACAUUGGAGUGGAACUAAUGAGGCUGACAAAUAACAUAAUAUCAAGAAUGCUACUAAGCAAGAGGUGUUCAGACAAAGAAGAUGAAGCCAAUGAAGUGCAGACGCUAGUGAAAGAGAUGAAUAACCUUGGCACAAAGUUUAAUUUGUCAGAUUUACUUUGGUUUUGUAAAAAUUUAGACCUCCAGGGGUUUAGGAAAAGGCUUAAGGACGUUCGGGACAGAUAUGAUAUUCUGAUGGAGAAAAUCAUACUGGAGCACAAAGAGGCCAGAAAGAAGAAUGGAGGUGGGGGUGACACAGUCAAAGAUGUGCUUGAUAUUUUGAUCGACAUAUCAGAAGAUGAAAAUGCCGAGAUGAAACUGAGCAGAGAAAACAUAAAAGCCUUCGUUAUGAAUUUUUUUGGGGCUGGAACAGAUACAUCUUCAGUUACUAUAGGAUGGGGAGUAGCAGAGCUUAUUAAUCACCCACAUGCGAUGGAGAAAGCACGAAAAGAGAUUGACACUGUGGUCGGAAGGAACAGAAUACUGGAGGAAUCUGACAUAGCAAACCUCCCAUAUCUCCAGGCAAUAGUAAAGGAAACUCUAAGGCUUCAUCCUGGUGGUCCUUUAGUUGUGAGAGAGUCGACAGAAGAUUGUAUCAUCGGUGGUUAUGAGAUUCCACAAGGAACCAGGCUGUUCGUCAAUGUGUGGGCUCUUGGUAGGGACCCAAAGCAAUGGGAAAACCCCCUUGAGUUCAUACCAGAGCGAUUUCUUGGAGAAGAAUGGAGGCAAGGGAAGAACCAGUUUUUGGACGUGAGGGGACAGCACUUCAGCCUGUUGCCAUUUGGGAGUGGAAGAAGAAGCUGCCCAGGAGCUUCACUGGCACUUCAGGUUGUCCCAACAGUCCUUGGCAUAUUAAUACAAUGCUUUGAUUGGAAAGUUGGGGAUGGAGCAAAUGGAACUGUUAAUAUGGAAGAAAAAGCUGGAAUGACUCUUCUUAGAGCUCAUCCCUUGAUUAGUCACCCUGUGGCUAGGCUUUCUCCAUUUCCAUCAGUAUGA